AAAGAAGUUGUUUACUGGCGAGCGUGGUACAGAGCAGUGGUGCGCGUCGUUUGUCCGAGCGAGCAUCUCAAACAGUACAGCUCAGACGGACAGAGCAGCUGUGUGAGCGUGUCCAAGUGCCUACGGUCCACAGACGACUACUGAGAUCCUUUUGUCACACAGGUGAAACCACGGUGCAAAGUUCAGUGUAUAUCGUCAAGGUUCGACCACCUUGACAGUCGCAAUGAAGCUACUCAGCCUGAUACUCUUAGUAAGCAGUUGGAGGAUAGAUGUCGGGGCUCAACUAAAUCGCCGGAAUGGAGCAUCAAAUAUAAACCAGGAUGCAAUAUAUUUCACUGAUAACAGACCUAUGACUGAGAAUAAUACUCCAAAAGCGACAAAAACGAGUGUCGAGGUUCAGAAAAGUGUUGAAGAUCCAAAUGUGAAUCGUCAGACGUUUGACCAAGAUAGUUACACGCAGGCUGCGUUGGGAGUUCAGAAUUAUCCGUUUUCGGUGGCACCUUUAACGCCGAAUGCGAACACUGCGUCUAGGGUAAAAGGACCAAGUUCCAGUCUGCAGCCUCCGAAGUACAAUGGUGACAACCCUACGUACUAUGACGCGUACAGCGACAGCGGGGAUGUACCGGCCAGGCAAGACAGUUCGCCGGCCCAGCCCCCCCUACCGCAUGUUGCGAAACAACCAAAGAUUACCAACGUAUCCCUGGCUAUCAGUAACUUUGGUAUAAAUUUAUUGAAGAACAUUAAUCGUCGUGGAGGUAAUGUUGUGAUAUCUCCAUUCUCAAUCAGUGAAUUACUAGCGUUGCUUCAACAAGGAGCCUCUGGAGUAACGCAACAACAGAUAUCAGAAGCAUUGCGAAUGACACCGCAACUUUCAAUGGAAGCGUUUAGACAAUACAAUAAUAAUUUCCAGAAACGCGGCAGCUCCCAUAACACCCUGAGGGUAGCUAACAACGUGUACGUGGCAGAUGUCUUCGACCUGAACCCUGCGUUUAAGAGGGUGGCCACGCAGUCCUUCGGCAGUGAGGUCACGCCCACCAAGUUUUCUAAGACUCAGCAGGCUAUCCAACAGAUCAACGGCUGGGUCGCUCAGAAAACGAACAACAAAAUUACAGACCUUCUUUCAGAAGAUGCUGUAGGUGACAAUACCCAACUGGUUAUGGUAAACGCAGUAUACUUCAAGGGCAUAUGGGCAGUCAAGUUUAAGCCUGAAUCAACGCUCCCUAGAGAUUUUUACGUGAACGAGGUCUCGAAGAAAACAAUCCCUUUUAUGCGCAUACGCAAGAUAUUCCAAGCUGGCACAGACCCCACUAACAAUGCGCAAGUUAUUAUUUUGCCUUUUGAGAAUGAGCAGUACUCCCUGAUGGUUGUCCUACCCUCACCAGUAUCAAGUCUUGAAGCUCUAGUAUCCAAACUGACUGAUGCGCAGUUGGCUUCGUAUCAUUCAUUCUCACCAAAAGAAAUCGACUUAGAAAUACCUAAAUUCACAGCUAAGUCUGACACUGAUCUCAAUCCAAUAUUUAGAAAGAUGGGUAUAACGAACGUGUUCAGCCAGCAGUCAGAGUUGUCCGGACUGGGCACAUACCGGGCCUACCCCCCUCAACUGUCCUCGGCCCUCCACACCGCUAUGCUGUCCAUUGACGAGGAGGGGGGCUCCGCCGCCGCCGCCACCUCCUUCGCGGUUGUUGCCCUCUCCUACGACGACCAAGCUAUACUCUACAGGUUCAACAGACCCUUUUUAGCGGUUCUGUGGGACAACGAAUCCGCCGUCCCUCUAUUCAUGGCAAGAAUCGAAGACCCUAGAGCCUAAAUGCAUUUUUAACUCACGUUUUGUACGCUAACGCGAAUUAUAAGUAGGUAUGUAAUGUAGACACAUAUGAACUAGUCUUAAACUUAUGUAAGUCUCACUUUAUUAAAAAAAAGAAGUAA